CAGGAGCGCUUAAAUCGGCUUCGCAUUCGUGGAAGCUGCUGUGCGCCUGCGCGGGGUCCCGUAAUCGUAAUGUCCACUCCCUUCCUUUCCCUCUCCCCUGCACCCAACCCAACCCUCUCUCCCUAAAUUCACCUCAAAUUCACCCCAAAUAAAAUCCCAAACCCCAUCCUAUUUUUCUCCACCUAAUACACACAUUCUCAUCUCUCUCUGCCUAUCGCAUUUCUUUUCCUCUCCAUCGCCAGCCGCCGCCCCUACCCUUCUCCAUUUUCUAACCUGUUCCCUUAUCUUUUCUUGAGUAGUGAAGGGAUUUAAUAAUUAUUAGAAAAGAGGACACGUUUUGCUGAAUUUCUUUACUGCAGUCUACGAAUAAGGCUUCUUGAUUUUGUGGGCUGUCGUCAGUCUAUGGAAUGAUCAAUUGGAAGCUGCUGACACCAUCUACAGAAUCAUCGCAGAUGAAUGUAUGGUCUGGUAAUAGCUCUGCCGCUGCUGCUACGGCGGCAGCGCCGGAGGGCGACGCAUCCAUGAUGGACGCUUUCAUGUCCUCCUCGUCGGAUCUGGCUUCUUUCUGGCCCUCUUCCGUCGCAUCUCAUCAAUCGGCCUAUGCUCCCACUCCUCCUAAUCCAACCGCCCCCGACCACUCUAAAACCACUUCUUCUGCCGGCGCCGCCCCCCAGUUCUUCAAUCAGGAAACCCUCCAGCAGCGUCUUCUCGCCUUGAUUGAGGGCGCUCGUGAGAGCUGGACCUACGCGAUUUUCUGGCAGUCUUCCGUGGUUGACUACGGGGGCCCAUCAGUGUUGGGCUGGGGCGACGGAUACUACAAAGGCGAAGAGAAUACUGGUAAGCGUAAAACGGCGUCAUCCCCCGCCGAGCAGGAGCACAGAAAGAAGGUGCUCCGGGAGCUGAAUUCUUUGAUUUCAGGUCCUCAGGCCACUACUGAUGAUGCCGUCGAUGAAGAGGUGACCGAUACUGAGUGGUUCUUUCUCAUAUCCAUGACUCAAAAUUUCGUUAAUGGCUCCGGGCUUCCGGGCCAGGCCCUGUACAGCUCCAGUCCAGUGUGGGUGACCGGCUCUGAUAGGCUCGCCGCCUCCCACUGCGAGAGGGCCCGACAGGCCCAGGGAUUUGGGCUUCAGACCCUGGUGUGUAUACCUUCGUCAAACGGCGUGGUGGAGCUUGGCUCCACGGAGUUGAUUUUCCAGAGCUCCGAUCUGAUGAACAAGGUUAGAAUUUUAUUUAAUUUCAAUGGAAUGGAAACGGGUUCGGGAUCCUGGGCCUUGGCUGACAACGAUCCGUCGGCCCUCUGGCUCACCGACCCCUCUUCGUCUGGCCCGGAUGUGAAGGAUUCAUUGAACAAUAACAGUGCCACCAACGCCCAGGCUAGUUCAUUUCCUUCUACUCUUACCAGCAAGCAACUUGUGUUCAGUAAUGAAAAUCCCAAUUCUAGUACUUUAACCGAGAAUCCACAGCUUCAGUCGCAGGGGUUUGUUGCUAGGGAAUUGAAUUUCUCUGAAUUCGGGUACAACGGGAGUAGUAAUGGUAGGAAUAGUGGGACUUGCAAGCGUGAGACGGGGGAGAUAUUGAAUUUUGGGGAGAGUAGCAGGAGGAGUGUUUGUAGUGGGAAUGGGAAUUUACUUGCCGUUCAGGAGGAUAAAAGCAAGAAGAGGUCUUCAAAGUCGAGGGGAAGUAACGACGAGGGCAUGCUCUCGUUUACUUCCGGUGUGAUUUUGCCCUCUUCAGGUGUGAAGGCUGAUAACGUUGGUGCUGUUGAAUCUGAUCAUUCGGAUCUUGAAGCAUCAGUUGUGAAGGAGGUGGAAAGUAGCAGAGUUGUUGAUCCUGAGAAACGGCCAAGAAAACGGGGAAGGAAACCUGCGAAUGGGAGGGAAGAGCCUCUCAAUCAUGUUGAGGCAGAGAGGCAGAGGAGGGAGAAGUUGAACCAGAGGUUUUACGCUCUUCGAGCCGUAGUACCAAAUGUAUCAAAGAUGGACAAGGCUUCACUCCUCGGGGACGCUAUUGCGUAUAUCAAUGAGUUGAAGUCUAAGGUGCAGAGCGUGGAGUCGGAUAAAGAGGAACUGAGGAGUCAACUUGAGUUGGUAAAGAAGGAAUUGGGAACGAAAGAUAUGAGGUCGGCUCCUCCACCGGCCCACGACCUAAAUAUGUCUAGCAACGUGAAGGUGGACAUGGACAUAGACGUCAAGAUCAUUGGUUGGGACGCGAUGAUACGUGUCCAAUGUAGUAAGAAGAAUCACCCUGCAGCAAAGCUGAUGCUAGCACUCAGGGAGUUGGACCUCGAUGUCCACCAUGCUAGUGUGUCAGUGGUGAACGAUUUGAUGAUCCAGCAAGCCACGGUGAAGAUGGAAGGCCGUUUCUACUCGCAAGAUCAGCUUAGGGUAGCAUUGAUAUCGAAAGUUGCUGAAACUAGAUAGAAUAUUUUUUACAGAAUUGAAGGUCGAGGAGGACGAGGAUAAAUUGGGGUGAGUGAAGCAAUUGUAGGGUGGUGUCAGGUAUUGAGAUAUAAAUCUGUGUUCUUAUAACUUUCAGUAUAUAGCUAAAGAUAGAAGGUUCAUUUUUAGUUAUGUUAGAAAGGUGAAUGCAGGUUGAGAGGCUUUUUGUUUUUAAAUUCCGCAGCAUCAAUGUUUGUAUAUAUACCUAUGAAAUCCAACAAAUAUAAUUGUGGGUGUCUGUCUUUCUUGUAUUUUAAUGUGAUAAAGAGACAUUCUGUUUA